GCGCAAAGGCCACCUCCUUUCGGCGGCACUGGAUACAAAGCCCAGCGGCUGUGCCCUGAAAUCCGAAGGACGAGCGAGGAGGCCAGAAAAAAAGGGGGAAGGCAAAAAAAAACAAACAAUUAAAAUAAAAAAACCAAAACCCCCCCCAGCGGGCAAAGGGAAGAAGAGGUACGAACCCCAAGGUACCCAUCUGCCACGCCUUUCCCACGCCUGUUCCUGCUCGAUUCCUUUCUUUGGCCAUGGCGCCCGCUCCGUCACCAAUACUUUCCCGCCUCAGGAGCAGCAGCUCAGGACAUCGCUCAUAAGAAGAAAACGCAGCCCACACAUGCGGCCGCCGCUGCCACCACACUGCCACCGCCGUCCUCGCCUCUCACUGCGCUGCGUUGCAUUGGAUAGAAACGCUCAGACACUCUCGCGUGCGCACACCUCAAAACCAGCACCACCCAGCACCACCGCCCAGCACCAGCACCACCAUUACCACGGCCACGACCACUCCGUCCUCAUCCGGCCUCGAGGCAGAUUGUCGGUCUAGCAGCAAGCGAGUGGUCCGUUGCGCCCACGACUGAUAUUGCUGGCCGUUUUGCUUACCAGCAGCCAGCCCCGUCCGUGACUUGACUCAGCUAGCAGAGCCGUACUGGUGCUGCCUUUUUAUUUUAUUCACACAUAGGUUUUUUUUUUUUUUUUUUGGACGGGGGAUCAUUCUCUCCAACCGACCUGUCUAUAUUACCAGCCAAUCCCCAUCGCCUGUGCCGUUGCAACAGCAGCUGCAGCUGCAGCUGCACCUUCUCGCCUGGUCUUGUAUGCUCGCCGCUGGCCGCAACCAAGACGUCACCCUUGAUCUGUUAGUUUCUGAGCAGAGUUAUAUAGGCCGUUGCCGACCCGUGUCAGCGCACCGCACGGCAGCCCAGCAGGAGCACCAGCAACCCGCGCAGACGGCAAGCAGUGGGUGUGACUCGGGCUUCCGAGCCAUAUCCCCCACGCGCUCGCUGCAAGCCGCCUUCGUGUCUGGGGUUACAUACACCCUGGUCUUUUCUGCACCAUAGCCGGUCCAGGGGAGCUCUUGUCCUCGGUACGCACCUCCGAACAGCCACCCAUUCCAAGCAGCCCACAAGUGAGGGCGGCUCCUGCAGCUGGGGGAAAAGAGGCAGGGAGACGAAAAAAAAAAAGUGGGUGUUGGUCAGGACGGAAUCUCUAACAUAGCUGGCAGGGCGAUUGACCAACCACAGCCAUAUCAUAUCAUUUGGCCUGUCUGUCUGCCUGUUGUGCGGACACAAACUCAGCACGGUCGCCUCGAGCGUCUUUGUUUCGCGCACCACCCGGACGACAGCCAGGGCGCCUGGGCGAAUCAACACGCCCGUGUGAGAGGGAAAUUGCCAUCGCCUUCUCUGCUCAGAACACGAGUUGCGGACCGCGAGGUCUGCUUUCGCACGCCAUCGCCGAGGUUGAGCGACAGAAAGCAAGAGACACGGCGCCAGACGGGCCACUGCAGCUGUCUGGAGCUCGACUCCAAGGCGGAACCAGUGACAUCUCGCAGCCAUCAUUUCGGUUGCCUUGCCCCUCGUGGGGAUCCCUCUGUGCUCACGCAGGCGACGCUGGCCUCUAGUGUUCCCGAUCGAGCCACCUGCAUAUCAAGUCGACUUUGCCAGCUAAUCCCAUACUCCCCUACCACCUCCCACCUCGCCCUCACGGCCACGGCCUCUACCCGCCCCAUCCUCCAGAAUAAAUAGCACGCCCCCCCCCUGUACAUGCCUGCAGCACCUGGGUCUCGUGCCGUACCUGUACACAACCGAUACCUGGAUCCACUUGGCUCACCAGAAAGGCUUGGGACCGCCGCGUUGCCCGCUGACUAGCAGAGAGGAAGAGCGAGAGAGAGAGGGCAUCACACAUCGCCGUGCAGCCACGACCCCCCCAGCCCAGGAGAUUACACCCUUCUGUACCCUCCGUUGGGGCUGCUUUCAACCACGCACCCCCAGCAUCCCACCCUCGGGUGCGAUCCCCUCGAGGGGGCUUCUUUUCCUUGCUUUUCUUUUUUUCGGGCUUGACCAUAUCUUCUGGGAACACACCCCGCCGCAACUCGACGCCUUCUGCGGGAUAGCUCUAACCCGGAUCGCGGCCCCAGGAAAAUGCGUGUGCAGAGAUCGGAUCUCCACAUAUAAAUCUGAAGCCUCCCCAUCGGCCGGAACUCACUUCCACCCGCCUCCGGACUGUAUCCACUGCCGGCCGACACAGAGGAGCCCACCAUGACUGUCUCGACUCCUUCUCCCACCAUUACCGCCGACAUGGCCACCAACGCUCUCGGCAUCUCGCAGUCCCCGGCGACUCGCACACAGCCUGCCGUCCUUACCAGGCGAACCCGCCCCGGCAACCUCCAGACCAACAUCUCCCUCAACUCCCAGCUCAUUGCCAUCACGCCGUCUGCAUUUAGCGCAAAAAGCACAUCCUCCAUGUCGGUUGCCUCCAGCAUCCAGUGCUCACCGGUCCUGUCGCCCGACGUGGUCCCGGGCCUGACGCAGAGCAGCUCCGUCCAGGCUUCUCCUGAGCCGAUGCGAGGCAGGGAAAUUGAGCAGUUCCCUCCCCCUGCCUUCCAGCUUCCCGAGUCCGUGCUCGCCCACUCGGGACUUGCACGCAAGGCUAGCAAUGGCUCGCUCGGCCAGCCGCUGCUGGGUCCCGGCGCCGGGGCCCUGCACGAUGCCGUGAGCAACAAGGGUCUUUUCCGCCGCCUAUCAAACAAGGCAACAAACACGUUCCGGUCCCGCCGCCAGUCGUCAACCCAUGGUAGCAACAGGGGUGCCAGCAUAGGGCCUGGCCUUGCCCGCCCCCGGCAGCGCAGCAACAGCGACCUGACCAACCCCUUCACCGACUCUGACGACGAGCCCAUCGUCGACCUUGACGACAAGAUCUCGUUUCUCAGCAUCGCGCCCGACAUCAGCUGCAGGGACGCCUCGCCCACGAGUGCACCCGCCUCCAUCGCUGGCGGCAAUGCCUCGGCAGGCCCCUUGUCCGUGGUCGCCGGCCCCGUCAUCCCGCUCGAGCUGCUUCAAGGAACCAGGGUCACCAAGUGCUCCAAGAGGGGAGGUCGCAAGAACCUGACGCUUCUCCUUGACGCCGAGGACGCGAAGCUCCGGUGGUACAAGAGCAGGACAUCAAAGUCCAUAUACCUCGACGAUAUUAAGGAGAUCCGUACCAACGAGGACAUUCGCCAGUACCGCCUCGACUUUGGCAUCGCCAAGGAGAUGGAGCCUAACCUGUUCUCUAUCCUAUAUGCCGUCCCCGACAAGUCAAAGACCAAGAUGAUGCACCUCAUCGCUGAGACCCCCCAGGUGGUGGGUCUAUGGGCCUCGACCCUGUACGCAAUCUCGAUGCACCGCCAGGACUUGAUGUCUUCCCUCAUGGCCUUCAACGACAAGGCCAUCGGGAGCUACUGGCAGAAGGAAGUGCUCAAGCAGCUCAAGAGCAGCUCUGAUGUCGAGGAGAGCAUCGACUUCGCUGGCGUCGAGCGUGUAUGUCGCAACCUGCACAUCCACGUCGCCCCAGAGACUCUGAGGGAGAAGUUUGGCGAGGCCCUUGGAGCGAGUCCCUUGGACACCGAGUCCACGGCCAAGACCGGGCGUCUGAAUUUCAGCCAGUUCCAGGAGUUUGUGCGCCUGAUGAAGAAGCGGGAAGACAUCCGUCCCAUCUACCGCGAGAGGACCUCGGACAUCGAGAGCGGUAUGACGCUAGCCGAGUUCCUGAGCUUCCUGUCUGAGAUUCAGAGCGAGGAUGUCGAUGCGGAGCGGGCCCACUGGGAAUCCGUGUUCGCGCGCUUCGCCAAGCGUGGGAAGGCCAAGGACGCCCAAGGGCCAGAUGACCUGCCGCGCAUGAACGAGCUCGGCCUCACCGGCUUCCUCACGUCGACAUACAACGUGCCCAUCGCGAAGUGCCCCAGCGACUACUCGCUUGACCGUCCCAUCAACGAAUACUACAUCUCAAGCUCGCACAACACGUAUCUCCUCGGUCGGCAAGUGGUUGGCCUCUCGAGCGUCGAAGGCUACAUCUCGGCCCUCAUGAGGGGUUGUCGGUGUGUUGAGGUAGACUGCUGGGACGGCGGUGACGGCUGGCCUGUCGUUUCCCAUGGCUGGACCAUGACCACCAACAUCUCGUUCCGAGAGGUCAUGAACGUCAUCAACAAGUACGCCUUCGUCAAGACCGAGUUCCCACUUUGGAUCUCGCUCGAGGUGCACUGCUGCCAGGACCAGCAGCGGAAGAUGGUGGCCAUCAUGAAGGAGAUCUUUGGCACCAAGCUCGUCACGGAGCCCCUCGAGGGCAUCGCCUUGGACAAGCUCCCAUCGCCGUCGCAGCUGAAGAACAGGAUCUUGAUCAAGGCUAAGAAGCCUGGACACGAAGAGUCCCCUGAGAAGGACAAGGCGGCUGCUGGCAAGAUGGAGAAGCCGGGGCGGAGGCGGGGUAACAGCCUCAACUCGCCCUACUCGAAGCCCGUCUUCGACGGCUCGCCGGUGCCGCCGCAGCCUCUGCAGCAGAGCCCGAGCCUCGGCGCGACGCAUCCUACGAUACGGCGGAUGGGCAAGCCGAGCCGGGUCAACACCAUCACCGAAGGCCGGACGUACGAUGCCCCCAGCAGCGGUCCCAGCGAUUGCGAUAGUGGAAGCGAGCGGGACAGCAGCGGUGGCGGCGGCGCCAACCACAGCGGCACCAGUAAGAUCGCCAAGGAGCUCGGCGACCUGGCCGUGUACUGCGCCGGAAUCAAGUUCCAGGGCUUCGACCACACCGACUGCAAGAUGUUCAACCACAUCUUCUCGUUCCCCGAGGGGACGUUCCAACGCAACAGCAGGCCCGGGGAUGCUAAGCGCGCUCUGUACCGACACAAUAUGAGGCACAUGAUGCGCGUGUAUCCGCACAAGGGCCGGGUGUACUCCAGCAACUUCGACCCGCUGCUGAUGUGGCGGCGCGGGGUCCAGAUGGCGGCGCUUAAUUGGCAGACAUGGGACCUGGGCAUGCAGCUGAACCAGGCCAUGUUCGACGGCGGCACGGACCAGUCGGGCUACGUGCUAAAGCCCAAGGAGUUCCGCGAGAUCCAGCACUUCCCCUACCUGCCCGAGCACAUGGUGGGCGGCAAGCGCCCACGCAAGAACGUCAGCUUCACCAUCGACGUCAUCUCGGCCCAGCAGCUGAUGCGCCCCCACAACUUCCGCGAGCGCCAGACGCUCGACCCUUACGUCGAGGUCGAGGUCUUCCUGGCCGACGACAAGCGCAACGCCAACCGGGAUUUCUCCGACGCCGGCCCCAGCCGCUCCAAGCGCAAGACGCUGCCCGUGGCCCAGAACGGCUUCAACCCGGGCUUCGAGAGCAAGUUCGACUUUGAGUUCCAAACAAAGUACCCCGACCUCAUCUUUGUGCGCUUCAACGUGCGCCUCUCGGAUGGCGGCAGCCAGAGCGACCGCAACACCAUCCUUGCCAGCUUCACGGCCAAGCUCAGCAACCUCAAGCAGGGCUAUCGCACCCUGCCGCUCCUCGACGCCAACGGCGACCGCUACCUCUUCUCCACCCUCUUCUGCCGCAUCAAGGUCGACCCGGCCACCGAAAUCUUUGUCGACUACACCGAGGAGGAGAACGUCAGCAAGCUCCGCAGCAUCGGCCGCACCGUUUUCAAUCGAGGCACCGCCAACAGCCCCAAGUCCAGCGUCGACAGUGGCGCCCAGGCCUGAUCGCGUCGUCUUUGCCAUACAGACGAAAGCUCCCCUAAAAGCGUGUAUCAACAGAGCUCUUAUUCUUCUUCUUCUUAUCUUUCUCUUUUGUUCUAGCGACACCUGUGUUCUUCAAGAUUUGCUAUUCCUUCGCUCCAUGUCUUCUUCCUAUUCUCCUGUUGUCAUAUUAAUUCCCUAUUUACAUCAUUUUCUUGUCUACGUGUUUCUCGCAGUUCUGGAAUACCCCCUCGUUUAUCAUGACUAUCAUAAGAUCGGCGUAAAAAGCGGACAGCAACCGAGGUUGCACAUUCAUACCCACGGCGCCCAGAGUUUCUUUAUUUUCUUGUUCAUUCCAUUCUUCAACUAUACUGUCAACCCUUCAAUUCUCCAUCGAUCGCUCGGCCCCUUGCAAAAUCCACGCUGGGACAAGGCCUUUUUUUUUUGGCGCCAACCAAGUCCAGAGGACGGUUAGCCUACCUGUAUUACUCUUUAUUUAAACUUCUUGCGUCGUCGGAGUCGGUGGCCCGCACGCACAUCUUUCUGCAAAGGAAGGCGAGGGAAAUGGAUGGGAAGCAUACAUGCAUGUCACGGGGAGUUUUUACUGUUGAUUUUCUUCAUUUCUUCCUUGGUUUAAACACAGUCAGUUAGAAGGACGGAUAGGGUGGGGGCCAAGAAUCUCCGCAGCAGACAAAACAUGUUACGGGAGCAUCAUAUUGGACAAUUCAGAUUUUUUGCCUAUCCACUCAUUCCUUUUGCAAUGGCGUGCCAAUCAUCUGUGCUCCUACGUCGCA